GGAACCUGUUUGGGUCUUUCCGAUUACACGAGGACAACUCUGACUCGUGUCCACAUUCUCGCCAAGUUUAUUUCUACCUUUUUUUAAGUUAAACCCGACAAAAUGGACACUGCGACGCAUACAGAAACGGACGCCGGCGCGGGGACACAGAAUGACACCGACUCCUUCGUGAAAGUAAAGUCUAAAAAGAGCCAAAAGCGGAAACGUGCCGCGGCAGACAUGAUGGACACAGAAGGAGCAACAGCUAGCAAGAGACCACAGUUCCCGCCGAUAUCUGCAGAAAAACUGAGGGGCUCGGAUCAAAUGCGUAAAGUGGCCGUGCCAGCUCACAGAUACACGCCAUUAAAGGACAACUGGAUGAAGAUCUACUCCCCAAUCGUGGAAAACCUGCAACUUCAAGUUAGAUUCAACCUCAAAACACGAAAUGUUGAAAUUAAAACCUGUAAAGAAACACAAGACAUCGGAUCACUCAGCAAAGCAGCAGAUUUUGUCAAAGCCUUCAUUCUGGGAUUCCAGGUGGAAGACGCUAUGGCCCUCAUCAGACUGGACGAGCUCUUUCUGGAAACCUUUGACAUCACAGACGUGAAGCCGCUGAAAGGAGACCACUUGUCCCGAGCCAUCGGACGAAUAGCGGGCAAAGGAGGAAAAACUAAAUUCACCAUCGAGAACGUCACCAAAACUCGCAUUGUCUUGGCGGAAACAAAAGUGCACAUUCUGGGAUCUUUUCAAAACAUUAAGAUGGCCCGGACAGCCAUUUGUAACCUCAUCCUAGGAAGUCCUCCGUCUAAAGUCUACGGCAACAUCCGAGUGGUCGCCAGCAGAGCUGCUGAGAGAUUCUGAAAUCCAAUCGGUUGCUGUGUUUAAUUUAUUAGCCGAUGGACUGGCAGCGUUUAUAACCGUGGACAUCAGAACGCCAGAUGAGAGAUUGGUGAACAUUCUGUCAUUUUUGUGUAAAUAUAACAAAUGGAAAUAGUCA